GGUAAACAUGUCGGCUGUGUCAACAAUUAUAUUUUGAUCACUAAUUGAAUUUUAGUUCAUAAUAUAAAUGAAAAAGGAAACUACGUGACAUGAAAAUCCACACAGCAUUUGUGAUUUGUUCGUCGAAUGAAUGAAUGAUCUGUUUGACCAAGUGAAUUUAAAUUUGAAACAAAAAGUCUGUGAUAUUAACUUGAAAUAUGGCUGAAAAGAAAGAAGUACGAAUAGAAAUAACAUCAGAAAGUAUAAAUAAUGUUUCCACGUCUAUUAAAGCUGUGAGUGCAGCAGCAUUUUAUGGUUGUUGUUCUGUGGCCACAGCAUUCAUUAGUAAAACAUUGAUGUAUACUUAUGAAUUUGACUACCCUGUGAUAGUUAUGGUUGCUCAAAUGAUUUUUACAAUUAUUUUAUUAGAAUUUUUAAAAUUGAUCGAUAUGAUAGACCUACCACAAUAUACAAUCAAAAGAGGAAGAUCUUUUUUCUGGCCGGCAUUUUUUUAUGGAAUGAAUGCUUUACUUGCACUUAGUGCCUUAUCUCAUAUGAAUAUUGCUAUGUAUGGUGUAUUGAAAAGAUGUGUACCAAUUUCAACCAUGGUUUUGUCAUAUUUUUUGUUAAAAAGACAGUUGCCAUCCAAAUUAACUGUUGGGUCUGUACUUUGUCUGAGUCUUGGUUGUUUUAUUGCAGGAUAUGGUGAUUUAAGUUUUAAUCCUGUUGCUUACUUUUGUGGUGCCUUAAGCAAUUUUACACAAGCCAUUUAUCUCAUCUUAGUACAGAAGUUCUCAGAAGAAAAUAUGACAACAGCCCAAACAUUACAAUUAAAUAGUUACAAUACUUUACCAUUACUACUAAUGUUUUCUUUUAUUAACCAAGAAAUGUUUAAGGUGUGGGAUUAUCCUUAUUUUGGUGACUUUCGUUUUAUUUUGUUAUUCUUUUUGACAAUCAGUAUAGGCUGUGUUUUGAACUACUCACUGUUUCUAUGUGCUGGUUUGACGUCUGCUUUAACAACAAGUGUAGUUGGAGGACUGAAAGCUCUAGCACAAACAAUGAUAGGUUUGGUUACAUUUGGUGGUAUCAGUCACAAUUUACCAACCUAUAUUGGAAUCGGUAUGAAUCUCUCAGGUGGAAUUUUUUAUAUAUUCUCUAAAUAUCAGGAUGGAAAAAAGAGGUCAUGUGAUACAAAGAAAAUUAUUAGUAUGUCAACUGCUAAAGAUUUGAAAGAAAUUUCUAAGGGUCAUGUGUCCAAUGGUAAUGUGGUACAUGAGACGAAUGGUAACCUUAUAACUAUUGAACAUUCAUCCAAAUCUUGAUAUGUUUCUUUGGUUAUUUUAGGGUUAAUUGUGUGUAGAUAAAUAUAGUAGUACUGCUUCAACUUUCCACCACGUGUUUCUGUUACACAGUCAGUUACUAGUUAAACUACACACAUCAUGAAAUAUUUCUUACAUUGAAACUGCAUUAAAAAAAAAAUUUUUCAAGUUAAAAAAGAUGAUAUUAAGUAAAAUUUUAGUGGUUCAGAGUUGGCAGAGGGAACGAAGGGAAACUAAUACUAGCUUC